CAUCGAGUGGAAUUAAGUACAGCUACAAAGUUGUAUCUCCAUAUUUCUUUGUGUCCUUAUCUUCAGUUCAUAUCGGACACUUUAGAAAAGCGCCCAGACAAGAGGCGGGCCAUGGGAUCUGGUAUCCUCAUACUUACCAUUUGGAUUCUAUACAUAUCACUGGCCGAAUGCUGUACCGGUGACAUGCGUCCUUAUGUCGACAUUAGAUGUUAUGUACAGGGGAAUUUACUCCGGCCAAGUUCUCCUGGGACGUAUCUGAAUCUUAAUACAUGUGUUUUCGAAGGCAUACCAAGCCAUACUGUCAUAGAUCACAGGCCGGAAUGUGAUCGGGUACUGUUUGGCGAAACAGUCCACGUUUCCAGCGGACACAGUUCCCACAGUUCUGGUGGAUCAGGGGUUAUACCUUCUGUCCAUACGACUGCAUCACAUGUAGAUCAACAUAAUUUAUGCCUCCAUAAUCACACAUAUUACAGAG